CGGCUGCAGCUGCUGCAGCAAGAGGGAUCUGCUGCUGCUGCUGCUGCUGCUCACACUGCUGCUCCCGUGGACUUAUUGGUGGUGCUGUGGCAGCCUUUACUGAAGCAUGCUGCGUCCCUUCAGGCUGCCUUCACGGCGAAGCACGCAGCAGCAGCAGCAGCAGCAGCAGCAGAAGCUCCGCUGCUGCGACUGAGGCUGCUGCUGGCCUGCAUUUUGCAGCAGGUCCUUCAUAUGCAGCAGCAAACUGGCACGCUCCUGCAGCAGAAGCAGCAGCAGCAGCAGCAGGAGAUCCGCCGAGUCCUGUGCGUGUCUCUGGCCUUGGUGGAAGUUUGGCAGAGAGAGCAGCAGCAGCAGCAGCAGCAGCAAAAGCAGCAGCAAAGACGGCGCUGCUGUGAUGGGGAGGUGCAGCACCAGAAGCUGCUGUCAUCCCUACGGGGUUUGCUGCUGCAGCAGUUGCGCUCUGCUGCUGCUGCUGCUGCUCCAACAGCCACGUGUUAG